GUCACAGCGUGGCCACAACAUUAGGGACCCCUGCGUCAUCCAAUCCCAGCAGGGCGAGCUGUCGCCGGUCGCGCAACACACACACACACACACAAAGUAGUAUAUCUCUGACGUGAUGUCAAUCCAAAGUCAGCAUUUUACUGCCUUGGACUGUUUGAUGUUGAUUAGAGCUAAUAGGAGUUGAUUAUUAGGAUUACGCAAUAAUAAUCCUUCGUUCCACAGAAAAAUGAACCGCUGCUGUCCCUAAUCUUGUGGCCAAUAAUAUUGUCGUAUAUACGUGGAGAGGACAACACCGUGACCUUUCAUAAAGAUGAUUGACAUUUGAGCCGGCGAACCAACAUGAAACUGAGCACCUGAAGCUCAGCUGUCGUUUCCGCGCAACCUGAUAGGGCGCGCUUAUCACGUGACACCCGGGCGCCGUGCGAGAAGCUCGUCCGCCGCCCGCCCGGCCAUGGAGGAGCCCGGCGUGAUCCGCGUGCGGCACGACUGCCUGAAGGACGUCUUCUGCUUCUCGUUGCCUCAACUUUGUCCGGCUUGCGGCGAGCGUCUGGCGGGACGACGCCUGCGGGAGCCGCCGGUCAGCAUUCCCAACCCGCUCUGCGACGGACACAAGACGCCGUGCUGCCUCCUCGUUGCGCCUGCGGACCGCAACGCCGACAGAGACUUUGACGGGACAUCGGAACUUCACACGGGGAUCUCCAACACUUCAGGCGUGGUGUACAACUACACGGAGAGGGGCGUGGUCCGAGACCAGAGCGGCUGGCGCGGCUGCGUGAGCGUCCCCCUGGUGAGACCCGACAGCUUCCACCUCCUUGCCCAGUGGGACCGGUACCUGGAGCAGUUCUCACGCGGACCCCUGUGGGACCCCACCUGGCACAGCUUUGCCGAGGACUCUCACAACUGCCUGACGUUCUGCGUGGAGUUCAUCAACGGCGUGCUGGCCGCCGAGGGCCCGGGCCGAGGUCCCGUGAGCAGGGAGGCCUUCGCGCGCACUCGGAUCCUGCCCGCCGUGAGCCGAGCGUGCCGGUUCGCGGCGCUGUGCCGACACCUUCGACGGCGACAAUUCUACGUGGCGGACAGGCGGCCCGCGCGCACGACGUCGUCGUCGCGGAUUCGCACCCUUCGCGAUGAGGAGCGGGACUCUUGAACGCGCUCCUUCGUGUACUCCAAAUACUGGACCCGUGUUGCUGCGUGUACUAGCGUGUACUUGUGUGUCGUCGUGUGUGUGCGGACAGUCUACCCGUCCGCCACGUGUGCAAAUAAAUCUUUGCUCGUGUGAGUUCGUCCGUUCAUUUUCAAUCGAGGGCACAUGUCGACUAAUAAUGGACUCGUGGUCACCGGCGGGGCCGAUUCUUUAUUUGAUUGUAUUUAUUGAGAAGGGGCAAUGCACAUUCAUGAGCACCAGUACCAUACUUGUGUAAAGGGGCCAAAGCAAAGCCAAUUGAUUUCUAUAGCGCAUUUCAUACACACGAUUAAAAACAUUUCAAAACAAAGGGAGAAAAAAAACAAAAAAACAGCUUAUAUACAUUUAAAAAUAAAGAGAAAAAAUAAAAAUACAAUGAAAACAGCGUACCGUGCAAGACAUAUGAUUUAAAAGUGGAAAUGCUCUAGAAAGCGUGGGAAAAAAGAAGUUUUUAACCUGGACUUAAUAACAUGCACACUUGGGGCUGACGUCACUUCUGUUGGCAACUUAUUCCAUUUGCGUGCAGCAUAAUAGCUAAAUGUGCCAAAGUUAGCAUACAGCUAAUUUACAUUCGUUGUCCC